AUGAGUCAUCUUCCCAAGGACCACAAGCUCAGCACCCAACCAGCGCAAGAAGAGCCACCGGAGGAAGACGAACCCGAAUUCGUAGCGGACGAGGACGAGGACGUCGUCGAAGUCGAAGAACUGCAGAUCGACGGUCAAGAAGAAGGGGACGAACCCAUGGACGAUGAGGAUGAACACGUCCAAGAGGACGAGGAUGCUGCGCACCAGUUGCUGCAGAACGGCUUCGACGAUUCGGCGUUGACGUUCUCCGAACACCAAGGCGCCGUCUUUGUCGUCUGCCUUCAUCCGACUCGGCAGCACAUCGCCGUCUCGGGCGGCGAGGACGAUCUCGGUCUCUUGUUCGAUACCAACUCGGGCGAGGUGCUGCAGCGCUUGGAAGGGCAUACCGAUUCCGUCACCAGCGUCGGCUUCAGCUUUGAUGGCGAGCUCGUCGCGACCGGCGGGAUGGACGGUAAAGUGAGGGUCUGGGGGAGGCACAAGCACGCCGGUGCAGCCGACGAUUUCACAAAGUGGGCCUUGGUGCAGGACUUGGAAGGGCCGGAUGAAGUUAAUGUACGUUGUCCGUUGAGCGAGGAGAUGGCGCGACCGAAGGAACGAGCGCUGACUCUUUGUAAUGGUAACGCAGUGGAUCGACUGGCACCCCAAGGGAAACUUUUUGAUCGCCGGUGGCGCAGACGGAACAGUAUGGAUGUGGAAGUGUGAGUUCCUCCGCGCAGCUCCAUGUUCAGAGCAAAGGUUGUGCCGUCCACUAACUGUGCUCCCCUGGCGUUUGGCUGCGAACCCACAGUGCCGAGCGGCGAGGUCGUGCAUGUGCUUUCGGGCCAUACAACUCCGGUGACGUGCGGAAAGUGGACACCAGACGGCAAGUCAUCCAUGAAACUGACUGAACUGUGUGCACCUGAUGUGCUGACACGUUCCCCCCUUGUCACCCCCUCACCUCCUAGGCAAGAAAUUCGUGACCUGCUCCGAGGACUCGACCAUGAUCCUCUGGGACCCACGCAACGGCGAUCAACUUCACAAGCUGUCCCCCUCUGACGCCCGAUUCCGUCUCGACGGCGGCGUCAACUGUAUCGCCAUCAACCCUGCCGCCACCGUCGCCAUUCUCGGAGGAGCUGAGGGUGGGCUGAGAGCGAUCAACCUGGUGGCGGGGACGGUGCUGGCGCAGAUGCAGGGGCAUGAGGAAGGCACCUCGGUCGAACAGGUCGCGUUCAGUGAGGUGCCCGCGGUCGGAAGUGUUAGUGUCAUGGUCGUCGUUAGCGUAGGGACCGAUGGGAGGGUGUGUACUUGGGAAGCGAACUCGUUCAAGUUGAGGAGUACGGGUAAACAUGAGGUGCGUUUCAGGAACGUCGUCGUCGAUCGAACCUGAACCAGUCCCGUGCGCUGGAAUCCGUCUACUGAUCGGCGUAGCCUUCUACACCUAGGACGCGGUCACCUCCCUCGCCUUCUCUCCCAACACCACCACCUUCGUCACCGGGUCCGCGGACCACACCUUGAAAAUCUGGGACUACCGACGAGGGACGUGCGAGAAGACGCUACUAGGUCAUAGGGAUGUCGUGCAUGCUUGUUCGGUCAGCAAAGAUGGUGCGUUGGUGCUUAGUGCGGGAGAGGAUGGCGAGGUGAAGGUUUUCAAGCCGUUUGAGGAGCGGAAGGAUUCGCUUGCGCUGGACGAGGAGGGGGAGGGGGAUGAGGUGAUGAAGGAGUAG